UCGCUGGGAGUAAGGCGACCUGGAAACCAUUUAUAAUGGCCUUAAAACUGAGUUUGCUGUUAAUACCAGUAUUCACUUGGAUCUCCUCAGCCGACAUCACUCCAUCUGGUCAAAUCGAGUUUAACUAUCAAAAUCUAAAGGAUGACAUUUACGAGCAACCCGUAAACCUGAUGGGAGCGAAGACCCCUCAUGAAAAGAAUGAAGAGGCAAACCAACCCCCCAACGUUGAUGACUGGGCGCCUUAUGACUUCAGCAAGUUCGAGACAUACCUGAACAACUAUAAAGAUGCAAAUGCUGAGCAGAACAGGAUCAAACGGAGUCCUAAGACGCACCUAUUCGGCUCGUUUAGCGGACCACAGAUGAGGGAAAGACCACACCAUUACGUCUAUCCGGAGCCGGUCAAAGAGCGCGUCCUCGAAUUCACUACAUCGACCAAGAAACCAGGAAUCCUCCCCGACAUGAUGAACCCAGGAGUCAUCUUCAGAGUGAGAAUGUCGGACGCCAUAUUGAGAAUCAAACAAAGAAUGUACCAAAACGCCGAGAGGCAUUUAGAAGCCGAUAUAAUUUACACGAAUCUGAUAAAGAAAGUUGUUAUGGAUGAGAUCACGAAAUUCCACAAUCUGCUUUUGAUGUACAAAACGGACAGGAGCAUAAAGGAGCAUUUGGGAGAGUGCGGGGGGAGGAUCUACAAAUUUAUAAGUUACAUGACUAUCAAAGUUCAUAUCUACUGUCUGUUUGAUGCGCUGUGGGUAGACGGGAAUCCGUACGUGAUAGGUGAUGAGUAUUCUGUGACACCCGUGGAAGUCCCUCCAAUGCUUCAGUGUGACGCGGCUGAGUGUAAUUCAGUCGUGUUUGUCGAUUCCAUAACCGAGCCGAAAGAUGUAGAUGAGUGA